GCAACACAACACAGUGCUUUCCACCUCUGACGCGACGACUCAUUAAACAAGUCUCUUCUUGGUUGGAUCAGAUUCAUCGAGUGACCCAUCACACGAGGAGUGCCCAUUUCUUGUUUCUUUCAGCGCUUCUACUACAUUUUUUUUAUUCGCAAAUCCGAAAAUGCAAUCUGUACGACGCAUGACGUUUUAUUGUUACACCAUUCAAACAGACCAGAUUUUUGCAGUACAAAGAAGCUUGCCUCGUUCAUCAUUCACACGUUGUCUGCUCAGAGCGUUUGUAUGAGACAUGGAAGAUCCGUCAGCAAAAUUGGUGGAUGAGCUGUGCUCCCUGCUAGACGAGGCAACCAUAUUGUCAAUCUGCAGUGACUACGACCUGGCCAAGCCUCAACAAUUCGAUAAAGCCAGAAGCAUUCUUCUGAGUCUGUCUAAAGAUGUAGAGGUAGAAGAGGCAACUGGGUUCAAUCCCAGCGGUCUUGGUGUCAACCAGGUUGUCGAUAUUACUCAGGAUAUUCCGGAUGAGUUGGAUGUCCACGGUGAACCUGAUAGUGACCUAAAAAGUAGUGACGGUCUAAGUACCACCACCGAAAGUUCCCGGUCGCAGAGUUGCGUUUCAGCUACUUCAUCAACUCCAGAGGAGUCCUCAGCGUCUCGCGUCACCGUGUUUGAUGAAUUGACCGAUGCGGAAAAAGAAUCUCAGCUAUUGGAGAUGUUCACCUCACUCAAACCCAUCGAUGUGAAGCUGGCAUUGAGAAAUUCAAAGGGUGACGCCAGCGUUGCCAUUGAUGAACUGCUCAACACUGAGUUCUUGGAGCAGACUGGACAACGAGUCAAGGGCAUCGACGCCUUCUAUGUGCCAGAUAACGCCACAUCAAGCAAGAGAAAAAGGGGAACGAAGAAGAAGGCAGCCCCUGUGCGACUGCCCAAGUCAAGCAACAGAAACUUGAAGGACUUGUCAGAGGAACCCAAUAAUCACGAGGAGACAAGCCGCCGCGAUAUCGCCUACGUGGCCGAGCGCCUGAACACGACUGAGAUAGAAAUAUCUAGCAUUUACUUUCGUCACAAUUCGUCCAUGGGGGCUACGGUCGUGGAGAUUCUAGAAAACUAUCUCAGACUUGGCAUGGAUUCAUCAGAUCGAGCAUUGUUCACGUUUCCCGGCGCAGAAGAACAAGCCGCCAAAUAUUCUUGGGUCCCAGCGGAAUAUCUCAGGACCAUCUUUGAGAUUACCAGCCCAAAGCACCAGUUUGCGCUGGACUUGAUCGGAGUCUUGGGCGACUAUUUCGAAAAGCCAGCCUACCUUAAAUACGAAGUAGCUUAUAAUGUUGCAGCGUCGAAGGAUCAUGGUCUGCUGGAAGGCGGCACAAGCAUUAACUCGCCAAAACUCAAUCCGUCAAAUGCAGCGCACAGAAAGACCGCAGCACUGCCCCAUCCCCUCGACUUCCAAUUUUCCACGAAUUCGUCUACAGAUCUCGCCGCAUCGAGAGACCGACUAUAUGCGUCAGCAUCGUCGGCUUACAAAAGGGCCCGUUCAGACCCGCUCUUCCGACAAGUGGGAAGCGUUUACGCAGAACGUGCGAGGGAGCAGGCCAAGAUCCAUCGUCAGAUGAGUAGUGUCGAAGCUGGAUACCAUGUGGAUUCAACAGCUACAAGCGACAUGAUUGACCUCCACGGAGUCACUGUCCAGGACGGGGUGGACAUCGCCAUAUCCCGUGUUUGGAAGUGGUGGAAUACCCUGGGAGAAGAUCGAGCACGUAAGGCGAGGGAAGGCUUUACCGUCAUCACGGGGUUGGGACGCCACAGCGCUGACGGGAAAUCUCGCCUCAGAGCCAACGUGUUUAAGGCACUCGUUGCGGACGGCUGGAAGAUCGAAGUCUUGACGGGCCAAUAUCUCGUAACUGGCAGAAGAUUGCGAUGAGGACGCGAGACAAGUCACAAAGCAUUGCAAGGCGUUUUUGAACACAUGAAGCCAGCAUUGGAAUAGCCAUGUUUGCUCAGCGUCCAAGAAUACAUUUUCAGGCCUUACAAAGUCUGCGGUAUUAGUAAUGAUAUAUGCGAAACGAAGCGACGAAAAUGAUGAACAGAGUACAUAUAGAUGCGCUUGAGCUAGAAAGCGAAAUAAAUUGUUGCAAGAAAUAUAUCAGCUCUGAAUAAUCCCCUGAAGAGUGUUGAAUUAUGUGCAGGAAGAGGUUUUCCGGAAUAGAGCACCGGGAUCGACGAUGCAGCGUCUAUCUGCCAGGCACAAGAUAUUUACGUUUUCGCAACCGAUCCAUGCAAAGUGUUUGGAUGUUUGAGUGUCUCGUGAAGACUCUGGCUUCUAGAAAAAAGACCACUAUCAGCCUCGCUGGGUCGCCCAACGUAGUGUGACAAGGUUACCAUUGGUGAUCACAACGUCGAGUCUGCUGGUGUUC